GAUCAUGGCUAUAUUCUUUCUAUUGGAAUGAAUGGUAUCACUGGAUUCUUACACAACAAAGAUGCGAAAAAUUAUGAGGAUAAAUUUAAUGGUGGUCUGUCCCUUUCUGUUGGUCAAUUGCUAAAUGUUAGUGUUCUAAGUGUUCCGGACAAACAUCGUGUGGUCCAUUUUACAGCAGACCCGGAGAUUGUUGAAAAUUCUGUAUUGUCAGAUAAAGCUUUACGCAAUGUUAACGUUUUAGUUCCGGGAAAUUUGGUCAAAGCACGUGUGGACAAUGUCCUUAAGAAUGGUAUUCUGUGCAACUUAAAUGGUAUAGGUUGUGAAAUCGAUAUAUUUCAUUCUGGAAACGUCUUAUCAGAGAACCAAAAUCUUAAUGUCGGUGACGAGAUUCGGGCUAGGAUUAUUUUUGUAUCAAUUACAAACGAGGAGAAAAAAUUCAGAUUAUCACUCGCUCCGCAUAUUCUACGUCUAGAAUAUUUAGAAAAUAAUGCUUUUCCGAUCGGAACGAUUUUUGAGACUGUCACCAUUAAGAGAGUUUUAAGGAAUUUUGGAUUAAUAAUGAAGAUUAACGAUUCAAACAUAACGGGAUAUACUCAUGUUUCGCGCGUUUCUGAUAGCCGUGUCAAUUCUUUGACUGAUUAUGCUAUUGAUUCGACACAUCGUGCUCGCGUAAUUGGCUAUUCAGCAGUAGAUGGUCUUCUGCUAUUAUCCUUGCAAAAUUCAGUGCUUAGUCAGAGGUAUAUGAGAUAUGAAGAUGUUCAAAUUGGAGAUAUUGUAGAGGGCACAAUUCAAAAAGUUAUUGACAAUGGAAUUUUUGUUACAAUUUCGGACAAUAUAAAUGCUUUUGCAUCACAAAUUCACAUUGAUGAUGUGGUUCAAAAGUAUUCGGGGCAUAAAUAUAAACCGGGUCAAUUCGUUAGAUGUCGUGUUCUUAACGUUGAGGUAAAUGAAAUAGAACACAAAAUUAAUGUUACGCUGAGAAAUUCGUUUCUGGACGUCGAACGACCAAUAAUUAAAUCAUAUCAAGACGUGGAAAUUGGUAUGAUCACGUAUGGUGUUAUAACGGGCGUGAUUGGACGAGGAUGUUACGUUUCUUUUUUUGGUGACGUUCACGCGUUUGUGCCGGCAGAUCAGUGUGGAGACGGUGUUAGUCAAAACCUUAAGGAGCAUUUUUCAGUAGGUCAAAUUGUUAACUGUCGUAUUAAGUCAGUCGUCCGGGAAAAGAAGGCGAUGUUGGCAACCUUCAGAAUCAAUGAUCCUGUAAACACGGAUCUCAGUGGAAUUAAAAUAGGCGAGCUUGUGAAGGGAAGAGUAAUGCGAAUUAAAGAUGAUAUAAUAAUAUUGUCAUUGGAUCCCUCUCAAAUUCGUGCGAACCUUCACAUAUCUCAUCUUUCUGACCAUCUAUCACCACCACACCUGGCAAAGGUUGCCAAGGCUUUGAAGCAAGAUGAUGUGCUGAAGAAUUUACUGGUAUUGUCAAAGAAUGAGGAUAAAGGUUAUGUGAAU